AAAGAUUAAGGGCUCCAGAAGACUGAAGGGGGAACAUAAAAUCUCCUGAAGAUAAUACUUCAGUGGAGAACAGAUACUUCUCCUAGACAGAACUUCUGUUCCGCCCACACCUCUGACAGUCAUCACCAAGAACCUUCUUUCCGAAAAAGCAGAAGGAAGAACCAUCAGAAUCUGUCCUGGGCUCUCGAUGACAAAGUGAGUGAUGAAAGGAAAGUGUUUGUGAUUUGGUCCCGGACUCAGAGAGACUCAGAGACAAGAGGUCUCCCCUACUUGAGAGGGAGAGGCUGCUGCCUGUGAAGGAUGGGGCUGCUGGUGAGAGCAGCCGUGCUUGUGACUCUUCUUCUCCUCUGCAACGCUUUUCCAGACCUGACUGGCCCCAAUGAGAUCAAAGGUGUAUGGAAAGGAUCUACCACCUUGCCAUGUGCCUAUGUGCCUGUCAAGGAGUUUGUGCAGGAAACGCUGCUGUGGACUGUGGUACACGAUCAGAGCUCUGGCACCGUCUUUCGGAGGGAUAAAACCGGUGACCACGUUGCCCUGACGGAGUACAGGGGCAGGGUCAGCGUCCUGAAGGAUGCCCCAGGGAAUGUGUCUCUCCACAUCCUGAACCUGGAGAUCUCUGACAGGGGAGCCUACACUUGCCAGGUCACCUGGAGAAACAGCAACAACAGCCUGAUAGCAAAAGAGAUCACCACUCAAGUGGAGGUUGUUAAAGUUGCAGUGAGCAAGCCCAUCGUCAGGGCCGGCGAGCUGGGGCUGACGGUCCCGGCAGGAGCCAGCACCAGCCUGACCUGUGUGGCCAGCGGGUCCCCCCCCAUCAGCUACCGCUGGUUCAGGGGCACCCCGGGAGGGAAAGCCCUGCUCCUGAGCAGCCAGGCUGAGCUGGCGUGGGACAGCCUGCAGCCCUCCGACACCGGGCAGUACUACUGCGAGGCACAGAACGGGGUUGGGGCUAGGACUGCACAGCAGAGCAACGUCGUGGAGCUGAUAGUGAGAGAUGUGCUGACAACAACCGUGGCCUCUUGGACAGACGUGGGAGCCUCAGCGAGCCACCCCCCAACCACAGAUCUGCCUGUAACAGCAGUGAUUUCUGAGAAUGGUGUGGGAUACCCAGAAAAGAAUUCUACAACUCAGAAUCUCCAAGGGACUCACUUGUCUCUGUACCUGGUCAUCCUGAUUGCUCUGGUUUGUGGUGCUGUGGUUUUCCUUGUCAUCUUUCUUAUCAUUUGCAUUCGGAAGCCCAAAGACACUCAAGUCUAUGACGUAAAAUUCCAUAACUCGAGAGCAGCAGCUUCUCCAAGGUCUGAAAGCACAGGUCACUAUGAGGAAGCCAUCAUCUCCACCGAAAACAACUAUGUGAUGGAGCCCAUGACAGAUGGAAGAUCUGAAGAUGUAAAAAAGAAUGGCAAUGACUGUGUUGAAAACACCCAGGAAUCUGAAUAUGAAAUAGGAGACACUGUAUGAGAACCUACAGUGUUCUACAGGUAGCAGUCCUGAAGAGUAUCUUCGUCCAAGCAAAAUGUAUCUUCCUAUUCACCUUUGCGUCCGAGGAAAAACAGGUUGCACAAGCAGUUUCUGCCUCUCCAUGAUCUGUGGAUCCUAAUCUCUGCAGUGAAAAUACAAAACCCUUUAGGAACUUCAGUUAGACUGCUGUAUAGAACUUCUGAUUUUGCUUCCCUUGGGUCCCUUUCACCACCUCAGCAGAAGAAAGCCCUUUCAAAGCUGGAGUAUGCAGAUCUCAAGACAAGGGCACUGUACUAAACUUACCACUGAUAUGACCAAAGGGAUCUGUGUUCACAGCCUUAAUGUGGUGUGAGUAGAGUAACCUAUGGGUAAGAGGUGCAGAAUGAGGCUUCCCUGAGAGUGGGAGCUUCUCUUAUCCCCCUCAAGUGCUGCUGGGGGUAGAAUGUCCGUUGCAUUUAACAUAGCACUUAAACACUGAAAUGGAGAUUAAAGCCAGGAUAAAUCCAAGAACUCUACCACACAGAGCAGCAGUACAAAAAGCACUCUCCUGUGCACUCACUGUGCCAUACUCAAUACACCUUUCUGCAGCACUUGUCAUUGGAUGCAAAUGUACUUUCUAUAGUCUUGGCACUGGACAGUUUGGGCCAUUCUGAUGCUGCAACAUGACACAUUAUAUUUGAGUUCACCUUCUUUAUUCUCUCUUUUAAUGUAUGUUUAAUAUGCAAAAGUAUCUAGUUUCUCCCAAAUAACUAUGUGGAUAGGAUUGCUUAUACAUGCUUAAGUUAUUUUGCUACAAGUACUUUUGCAUGACCAAGCUCAUCUUUCAAAUGCCAGCAGGCACUCAGUUGCAGCUCCUCAGUAGAAAAACAUGAAAGAGUUUCCUCCUGGCUUAGAAGGCUUGAAGGGUAAGUAGGAACCUGAAGAGUUUUGUUCACAAUUUCUACUACCUUGAGCAAAUCUGUAACAUGAAUGCUGCAGAGUUAGGGAAGAACCUUUUUACAACAAAUGCUAGGGCAAUAUCACGUCUGAUUAAAAGCCAUGAGGAUGGAUGUAAACCAAAAUGAGUGAUCUGAGGAGCAAGGAGGACAUCAGUGACACAGAUACAGGCUUAGUGGGCCCCCAGAGCUUCUGUUCACACUCAGGAAAGAUCUUCAUCUCUGCAAGCAUCAGCUCAAACGCUGGUGUAUUUUGAAGAGUCUGAGGUGUUAUUAAGAAAGGCAUUAAAGGUGCACCAGGAAACAGGGUUGUGAUACUGUAAAACCCCAUGGAAUGCUUUCACCUGUGCAUGUGUGUAAGUCUCCCAUCUUGCAAAGUUUUACCAGAGCUAGAAUAGCUGUUGACAAUGAGAAUAAAGGAUGAUUAGAGAUAUGAAACCA